GUUUCACUUUGCUCGAGUCGCAAUGUCUCGCUCCGUGGCGGUGGCGGUGGCGGUGGCCUUGCCCAUGCUACUCUUUCUGACCGGCCUGGACGCUGACCCGCGUUCUCCGAGAAUUCAAGUUUAUACCCGGCACCCGGCUGAGAACGGGAAACCRAACUUCCUCAACUGCUAUGUAUCUGGAUUUCAUCCACCCCAGAUUCAAAUAGAUCUGUUGAAAAAUGGACACAAGAUAGAAAAAGUCGAGCAGUCGGACCUCUCUUUCAGCAAGGACUGGUCCUUCUAUCUUCUGGUGCACACUGAAUUCACCCCCAAUGAUAAAGAUGAAUACGCAUGCAGAGUUACACAUGAAACUCUGAAGGUGCCCAAGAUAGUGAAGUGGGACCGAGACAACUAACCAGCAUCCUGGGACUAACCAACAACACAGAGGGCUGAAGAUGGCUUUAUUUGGACUGGAUUAAUUUCGAAUUAUUUUCUUUCUUUCUCAAGUUGAUAUGCAAAUACACUUUAUGCACGUAGGAAGUUGCAAUGAUGUAAUAGUAGUCUUCUUAAUAAUUCUACUUAAGGAACUAUCUUUGAGUUUGUCUCUCCCUGGUGUCUAGAAAAAAAUUCAGAAAUUAUAGACUAACAUUUGGGUAGUAGGUGUCUUAUAAGAAAUAAUAAAGUAUMUCUGACUACUUUGAUUGGAAACCUUAUGCAUAAAAGCCAUUUUUAUAUUUUGGAGUUCCACAAGAAGGGCUGAUAGAAAAAACAAAUGAACUAGUAAAUAUAAUUGAAAGUAAGAGUUGAUCAUAUAUCAAGYCUUAAUCCUGUAGGAAACUCCAUAUGUCUCAUUAACUGGAUGUAGUUAUUCACCUUUAGUUCUCCACAAUAUAGAUGAUUAAAAAAUAUAACUGAGGAUAUAUUUAUAUCUUGUUGGUGAAGCACAAGGGCACAAUUGAAGCCUGCACAUCACUGUGGUGCAUUAAGAAAGGGCUUUUACGGGGGAAGAAAAGCAGUAAAGCAGUGGAUGACGAAGGACAGAAGCCAAGUGAGGGUGUGAUAUUAGAAGUUUCCACACAGCCUUUUCCCACAGGGACUUCUAUAUAACAAAGAACACACCUUAGAAUUUGUCCUGCCUCAAAGCAAAGGAUCUGGCUUUUGGUAAUCCACAAUAGCCUGUCUUUGGCUAUAUCAGGCUACGGGAUGGCAUGAAACUUAAAAUUUCCAGUUCUCUCCAGUAUCCUCAAGCAAUGUACAGGUGCUAAUUGUUGGCACAAUAGGCAAAAGCUGGGAACUGGCUCACUGGGGCAGAUCUGAAUGGGGCAUCAGUUGCUACUGUGAGUUUCCUAUUAAAUUCCUCUGGUGGGCCCCUAACACAUGUAAUCCCAAACUCCCAUUACAACUUCAAAGUUUCUAAGGGGUUAGCAUUAGAAUUUGAAUACCAGUAGGCUCAGAUCUAAGUUUGAAUCCUAAUUUCACAAAGGGAACUGGAAAAUUCCUGACCCAAUYUUAGGUUUGGAUAUGGCUUAAUUGUGUCCUCAAAAGUCUAUUGUGGUUAGAGUCUUGAUUUCCAGGGUAGCAGUUUGGGGAGGUGGUGGAACCUUUGAGAGGUGGGGCCUAGAGCAAUGUCUUUAGGUCACUGGGUGUAUGCUCUCAGAAGGUAGUUCCCAUGAGACCUCUUGGGUUCUUCUAAGAGGUUUACUAUGAAAAGAGGAUACCUAGCCCCUCCUAUGCUAUCUGCUUUUGGCUUGAGAUCAGUCACUUGUUUUCUCCUGCAUGCACUCCUUUCAUUGCUAUUGGCACUACAAGAAUUACUGUUCAAAUUCACCAUGUGGUGAUGCAGACAAAGAGUCAGCCUUCAUCACAGAGCCUGUGCUSUGCUUUUUAGAAAAACAAUAAACUAAAUAAACCUUUUUAUUAAGUA